AUACAAAUUGUCAAAUUUAACCUAUGAAAGAUUUGUCAUCUUUUUGGACUAUUAGACAAACUAAGACCAGUAUUUGAAAAUCGUUUGUUAUAUAUAACUCAACAAUGCCUGCAUACCAUUCGAGUUUUUUGGAUCCCCCACAAAUAAUAGGGAACACAGCAAUUUUACCGUUUAAGACACAGUUUCGUGGGCCUGCGCCACCACAGUUCAACGACCAAGACAUAAUCGAUGAAACCUUGUAUUAUUUUAAAGCUAAUGUAUUCUUUAGGACGUAUGAAAUUAAGUCAGAGGCCGAUAGAUUGCUUAUUUACAUCACAUUGUACAUAACGGAGUGUCUAAAGAAGCUACAGAGGUGUAAUAACAAGAACCAAGCACUGAACGAGAUGAAAACUUUAGCCAUCUCGAGGUUCGACAUUCCUGGAGAUGCAGGGUUCCCCCUCAAUUCCGUUUACAGUAAGCCAGCGAAUCAGAGUGAAACGGAACUCCUCAAAGCAUACUUGACACAACUGAGACAGGAGGUGGGGCAUCGCGUCUGCGAAAAGGUGUUUGGCGAGGACGGAAAGCCCAGCAAGUGGUGGCUGUGCUUCGCCAAGAAGAAGUUCAUGGACAAGUCGCUCUCGGCACCUGGCCAAUAGGUUUUGAUAUUUGUAACCUCGAUUUAAGUAUUCGUGUAAUCGUAAUUUUAUAUUUUAAAUGAUUUUAUCAGAAUAAAAGUCACAAUGUUCAGU